AUUCACUUUCAUUCACAUGAAAAGUACCUUUAGAUGUGAGAAUUCGUGUGUGCGAUAAUGAUUUUUUGAUAAAUUCCGUGUUAUUUAGUUAGAUUAUAACAAAUUUAUCGUUAACAAUGGUGACUAUAAUAAAGAACCAACUAUUAAAACAUCUAUCGAGGUUCACAAAGAAUCUGUCACCGGAACAGAUCUCCCUCUCAGCAUUGCGAGGGUCUGGUGAGCUGCAGGACCUGACCUUGGAUGAAGAGCUGCUGACAGACCUCCUGGAGUUACCAGGCUGGGUGAAGCUCACAUCUGCCAAGUGCAAUAGAGCCUCCUUCAGGAUACAAUGGACCAAGUUGAAGACUGUUCCGAUUGUAUUGAACCUGGACGAGGUGCACAUAGCGCUGGAAGUAUGUCAGGAGCCACGCGUGAUGAACCCGAACGCCGCCGGAGCCCUGCCCGUGCCCGGAAAAUACAGCUACAUACAUAAGGUGAUAGAUGGAAUCUCAGUGGCUGUGAACCACGUGCAAAUAGACUUCAACUGUGAAGCAUUCACCAGCAGUGUUCAGAUCUCAAGAGUUACCGUGGAGUCUCGGACGCCGGAGGGUCGGAAAGGAGACCUAAGACUGACUAGAAUCAAAUCACCUGAUACCGGACAACUGCUUAUAUUUAAGGAGUUAGAAUGGCAAAGCGCCCGCAUAGAAGCCAAAGCACACGGGGCAGCCAACGCCAAUCUUCCCCCAUUACGACUGUUACUGGGCAAUACGCAUUGUCGCAUUGUCAUCAAGAAGAGAUUGUCAGACUGUGCAGUGAUAGGGUCUCGGCUAGCGAUAUGCCCGGAGCCCCUCGCUUGGGCUCUUACCGACGGACAGCUACGCGCCAUGUUAGCCUGCGCCGUGGCACUCGCCAAGCCCGUGCAGAGAGCCACUGCCGCCGCUACUAGAAUCAAAGCCUUAAGAAAGAUCGAGGAGCCUCGCGAGCAUAUAUCGAGCAGGCCGGCGACGGGCGAGCGUGAUAUACUAGCGCGAAUGUUCGCCAAGCAUGAUGUCCGGGAGACCUCGUACCAUCUGCUGGCUCCCAGAAUAGACCUGCAUCUCUGUGACGAUCCUGGAUUGGGUCGUUCAGAAAAGCCGUCGUUAGCCAAUGGCGGUGCUCUGCAAGUGACAUUGGUCAGCAUGCAGGCCGAUCUAUUCCCCUACCACAAGGCUUCGGACGACAGGAGACAUUGGCGAGGAUACAGGGAGGCGGCGACCCCCCACAGCCAGUGGUUGUCGCAGGCUCUGUCUUCAUUCUGCACGACGCUGCUAGACUCGCUCGACCCGCGCCCUCUCACUCCUAGCUCCAAGAUGAGUCAAGCAGAAAAGCCGGAGGAGCCAGUCUCUAACGGCAUCAAGCACAAACAGACUCCCACACAACAAAGCGCUUCCAACGCUCCGUCCACUAACUCUACUACUACCUCACAAGCGUCGCCGACUAGGACGCGCAUACUGCAGCAGCUUGGAAAAUUAAUGACGACGUGUCUUGUACUUAGGAUAGACGAUUUCACUGUUUACAAGGUAUCAACUGGGUCUAAAAACCGCGACGCGCCCCGUCCGCUAGUCAGCGCAGAGAAGGCCACUCUACCAGGCGACGCGGGGCUACUCCACGCUGAGCUUACGUUCUUCUACUAUCCUGGAGACGUAUGCUUCCCUGUCCCAGCCCCAAAACUAUACGUCCAGCUGAGUCCAGUGCGUAUAUCAGUGGAUGUGAACACAGUGGUAUGGUUGGGCGCGUUCCUACCUCACGUGGUGCCGCGGGGCCAGGAGAUGGAGAUGGAGGAGGCGCCUCCAGCAUACAUGGAUGUCAGGAUGGAAGCUAUCAUGCCCAAGUUGGUGCUGGAGGCGGGUCCGGAGCACGUGUCAGCGCAGCGCGACCGGCCCCGCGAGCUCGCCCUCUGCACGGCGCGGGCCACGCUCACCAAUGUACGAGAGUCCCCGCGGACAUGUUCGGCGGGAACGCGCGCGGACUUAGCAUCCAUAAUAGCGGCGUUGCGCCGGUCCGCGCCGCCCCGGGAUCAAUUCCCGUGCGCAGUAGACGACAUGGAUCCUAUACAUGAACAGUUCAUAUUACAUGCUGAUAACUUGGACGACAUAGAGCGCGGCACGGCGAUGAGCCCCGAGCUGUUGUGGCGCGAGAGUAGGUCGGUGUGGUGCGCCCGCGUGGAGCCGCUGUGGGCAGACUUCUGCGGCGCGCGCGCCACCAACUACAAGCCCGCGCCGCUACUCGACGCCACGCCGCUCACUGCCUGGCUCUGUUUCGCGGACAACUUCUCCCGUAUCUGGAUAGUGGCCCGUACCUGCGGACUGGCUGGUCUCCAGCUGAAUCACUACCAGAUGCUGUUCCUCAUGAGGCAACUGGAAAGGAUCUCCGAGAUGACAGCCUGGCUCGCUCAUGAUGCGGAGAGGCAGCCUGAUGCUGAAGAUGGGACUAUUGUAAUUGGCGUAGUGGUACCAGCAGUGGAAUUGACAUUUGUGCUUCCAUCCAACUGUCCCGGACAAGAGUCUUCCAGAGACCUGGACAGCGUGCCUUUGGACUCGUCCAGCUUACAAGACUUGAAAAUGGAGCAUCAAACUGUAUCCACGCUAGGCGCGUCCACGCCGCUCGAAGAGAAUUGCAUAGGUUCUGAGGCGACAAUGGCGCCCUCUAUGAUGGACCGUGACAGCGGCGUGUUGGCCACCACCUCCGUGGAGGUCUACCAGCCGAUACCCAUUGAAGAACCGCCUCCGCCUAGUCCUGGAUUGAGUUUUGGAGGAUUCUCGUCAAUGCGUCGUGGCUUCACGUCGCUAGUGACGUCGAUAGACAGCGCGCUGACGCGGGACGACACGCGCAGUGACGCCGCGUCCACUGCCAGCUCCGACAGUGAUCGUUACGUCGUCGUCGGCCUGGCUGCCGAGUCCCCCGACGAUGCUGAUAUGGCCUUUAGAGAAUUUGAACAUGGACGUGCAGCGUCGUCGAGUGGCGUCGAGGUGGCAGCCGAGGUGGUCGAACGAUCCUCUUCACCGAGCGACCACUCUGUCACCAGCUCGUGCAGGAGGAGAGAUGUCAUAUCAACAAGUACUUGGCGUCUGAACAAUAUACACAUUGUCCACCAAAGUGGUGGGGGGAGGUCGCGCCUAAGACUGGCUGCUGACGACUUGAAGAGUGACGAGUGCAACGCUAUACCAUGGGAUGAGUUCCAGAGCAAGUUCUCAAUGCGGGCGCGCGCCUGGUCGGAGCCGGUCGUCUCUGAAAGUGAUGAGCUGUCGCCGAAGAAUGAGCCUCUGGUCGCCGUCAGACUUGUGAGGACUCAGCUACCGAGAGCACCUGAGGAUAAGGGUCUAGCACCAUUCGAAGAGUUACUGGAGGCUCGGAUCCGUGAUCUUAGUAUAGCUCUGAACAUGAGCACAGCGUUAGCGCUCGCCGAGUUGAUUGAAGAUGAAGUUGUGGCGCCACCUAUGCCGCUUGAGGUCUUAAUAGAAAAUGUGAAACUCCACCUCAUAGAAGACCGGCCAACCCGUUCUAUAUCUUCUCCACCACCUCAACCUUUGGACAUUGACCUGACUACUUUAAGGAUGACCAGGGAUACUGCUGGAGUGGUCCGCUUAGGUCCACCAGUGUCCACACCUUCGACAAUAGCAUCCCCAGCCACGCCACAACCACAACCAGAGUUGGAUGAAGCCAGAGAGAAGAUUGACAGGCUGAAUAGGGAAAAUGAGGAAUUGAGGAAACGGCUCGUCACGUUGGCGAGGAUAGCUGAGGAUAAUCGAGAGUUGAGAGCGAAAGUAGAAGAAGCUUCAGUUUUACGGCAAUGCGUACACGCAGCUCAGCAGGAGGCGGCCAGUUUAUUGGCCGACAAACAGGAACUUUUGGAAGCCAUGCGUAUUUUACAGGAGGAUGUCGCGGCAAAAGAUAGCGGUCGCGAGGCGGUCCCCCGCAGGGCUGCCUCGACUGUACAGCGUGCUGCGGCGACCAGCAGACGUAGAUAUACACAUGUACCAACCCUGGUACCACGCCAAACGGUAUAUUAG